AUGCACCAAGCACUGGUCUUAAUUCUGGAGAUUGGAGCUCGCGCCGGCCUUUCCCUUUCUCUACUUUAUUCUAAAUCUACAAGGAUAAAGCAGACCCAAGACGCUUCCUCUUUCUCCCUGCCCCGCCGCCCCAACACCGGCCUCAACACCCAGGACCAAAGCAAGGAGGGAGGGAGCCCCGGCCCAGCCCGGAGCGCGCCGCGGGCUCCGAUCCCUCCCCGGCGGGCGCAGAACGCCCGGGGAGCCGACGCCGACCUCCCGCGCAGCUCCAACUUACUUUCCCAAACUUGUGGGCGCCGGGGUGCUCGUGCGCCCGCGCUGUGCAGCCGGAACAAAGCGGCGGCCAGACCUCCCUUCCCCCAAGGAAGCGGGCUGCACGGGCGCCUUAACUCCCCCUUCCCGCCAGCGGGUCCGCCCUCGGGGCGCACCCCUCUCCAAAGAUGUGGGACUCGGAAAGGCUCCCCCGGAGCCUCUCUCCUGCCCGUCCGGGGCGCGCGGAGUCCAGUCGGCCCUGGCGAGGUCACCCACCUCAGGCGCCGGCUGCAGGACGCAUCCUGGGUCGCGCUCCCACGCCGGGGCCCCCCAGCUGAUGGCAAAGUCCGGGCUCGGGACUCCGGGCGGCUCCCUGCGAGCGGAGCAUGCCGGGAAGGGAGCUGGGCUGUCAAAGGACUCGAGAUAAAUUCUCCCGGCUCCGCCAAACCCCCGGAGGUGGGGCGGGAGGGGGAGCGCCGGCCUGAGCAUCCAAAUCCCCCGCUGCCAGGCGCCGCCGUCACCGCCAGGCCCUCCGACGGCUGCUCCAGACCCGCCGGGGGGUCGGGGCCAGCUACUGGUUCUUCCCUCAAGAUUCCAGAGCCCGUCCCUAGGGGGCGCUGCGGCCCAGCCGCCAUGGCCAAGGCCCAGCGCGCGCCCCCGCCUCCUGUCCCGCGCGUGCGCGCCGCCCAGGUGAGGAGGCUGUGGCCUGGCCGCCGAGGGGCGGGAUCCUCAGCCGGCGGGGCGGGGCGGAGCCAGAGAGGCCCGGCUGGAGCCCGGCAGCCGCCGCGGGAGAAGCGGAAACUGCCGGGUGUGCCCCACUCCAAGCCGCGCCGGCCAAAGCGCGCCGAGGAGCUGCAAGGCGGCCUCUGUCCGGCCCGGAUCCGCCGAUCGGAGCGCGGCGCCCCCACCCCGUACCCUGAGGCGCGGCAGGAGCGCGCCCACCUGAGUUGGUCCGCGCCCACCUGA